GUGUGGAGUGAAAUGGCGCUGCGUCUCGACCAGGAGAAGCUCUGCUGCUCGGUGUGUCUGGAUCUACCGAAGGAUCCGGCGACUCUUCCUUGCGGGCACAGCUGCUGCAUGAGCUGUGUUGAAAGCCACUGGGAUGAAGAGGCCGUCUACAGCUGCCCUCGGUGCAAACAGACCUUCUCUCCGAGGCCCGUCCUGGUGAUCAGUUCCAUGUUUGCUGCUUUACUGGAAGCGCUCAAGAAGACGGUUCCAGCAGAUCGCUUCUCCGCAGCACCCGGGGAUUUGACCUGUGAUUUCUGCACUGGGAGAAAACUGAAAGCCCUCAAGUCUUGUCUGGUUUGUCGGGUGUCUUACUGUGAGCUCCACCUUCAGCCUCACUAUGAAUCGCCUGCCUUUAAAACACACACUCUGGUUAAACCGUCCGAAAACCUGCAGGAGAAGUUUUGCUCGCGCCACGACGAGGUGAUGAAGAUCUUCUGCCGCACCGAUCAGCAGACCAUAUGUGUUUUGUGCUCCAUGGACGACCACAAGGAUCACGACACGGUCUCAGCUGUGGAAGAGAGGAAAGAGAGGAGGAGCGAGCUCGCGAUGAGCGUGCAGAAGAUCAAGCAAAGGAUUGACGACUUAGAGACGGAUGUGACGGUGCUUCAGCAGGAGGUGGCGGCCAUCAAUCACUCUGCUGAUGAGGUAGUGCAGAACAGCGAGGUGAUUUUUAAAGACCUGGUCAGUGUCAUUGAGGAAAGAAGCUCUGCUGUAAAGGAGGAAAUCAGAUCCCAGGCGAAAACUGAAGUCAGCCGGGUCAAAGGUCUUCAGGAGAAGCUGGAGGAGGAGCUCGUUCAACUGAGGGGGAAGGCCGCUGAGCUGCAGCAGCUCUCACACAGCGAUGACCACAUCCUAGUUCUACAUAAAUACCCUUUGCUCUCAGACCUCUGUGAUUCUGACUCACCCAGAUUAAAAAUCCAGCCCCUGAAACACUUUGAAGAUGUGGUAGCAGCUGUGACAGAGGCCUGCGAUACACUAAAAGAUGUUCUCAACGAAGAAGGGCUGAAGAUCUCCCUGAGAGUCAGUGAGGUAGAUGUUCUACUGCCACAACCAGAGCCCAAAAGCAGGGACGAGUUCCUGAAGUACUCCCGUCAAAUCACACUGGAUCCCAACACGGUUAACGCGGGGCUGUCGUUAUCCGAGGGGAACAGAAAAGCAACGGUUGUGAGAGAGAAGCGAUUAUAUCCCAGUCACCGAGACAGGUUCACCGACUGCCUCCAGGUCCUGAGUGGAGAGGGUCUGACUGGACGUUGUUACUGGGAGGUGCAGAGAGGCAGCGGAGGCAUCUCAGUGGCCGUUGCGUACAAGGAUUUAAUCAGAACGGGGAGCGAAAGUGGAUUUGGUAACAAUGGCGAGUCGUGGGCAUUGGGAUGCUUCGACAUGAGUUAUAACUUCAGACAUAACAACGUCAGGACCGUGCUCUCAGGCCCCCGGUCCUCCAGGAUAGGAGUGUACCUGGAUCACAGGGCGGGAAGCCUGUCCUUCUACAGCGUCUCUGACACCAUGACUCUCCUCCACAGAGUCCAGACCACGUUCACUCAGCCGCUACAUGCUGGACUUUGGGUUUAUUGGGUCGGAGACACUGCUGAGUUGUGUGAGCUUAAGUAGAAGAGGCAGCCACAGUUUGACCAAAUGGAAAUCUAAAAAGGUAGACUGUCAUAUCUUCUUCCUUGAGAAGCAGAUAUUAUUUACCUUUAUCCACAAUACCUGGAAGCAAAUGUUCAGAAAGAAUGAUCUUGAGCGGCAAAUAGUCACCUCUGAAUUGUUGGAUAUAAUGUGUUUCAUAUCAUAUUUGAUGCUCUCUAUACUUAAUUCGAUCCAGUAGCUUUUUGAGUCACUUCCCUCCCGUCAGGUUUGUUUCUCCCCCCCUUACUCUCCGGUCAAAUUGUUCUGUUUUAACUUCACAAAAAAACCACUCAUCUGGUUUACAUUAAAAUGCAAAGAACAGACACUGAAAAGGGAACUACAUGUCGAUUAAUGGGUGAUGGAUGAACAUAAGGUUACCCAUUCAAUUCCUAUGGCGGUCAUUUUUGACAGGUAACCUUAUAGGUUGUCGACUAAACCUGACUCUAAACUCAAUGGAAGUGGCGAUCAGCUGUUUGAAUGCUUAAGGUGGAGGAUAUCGUAAGGGCUUUAAAUGUAAAACACAGUAUUUAUGAUGGAUGAAGGUAGUAAAACGGUCAGAUUUGACCCGAACAGAAAUACUUUAUACGUAAAAAUGUCUGUAAUUAUAUUUUGUGGACUCCUCUCUCUUCUUAUGCAUCUGUUUGUUGUUUAUUUUCAUAUGCACUCAAGUCAAGGCGCAUUUUCGCUUUAAUUUCAGAGGAUGACGGACAUUUCAUUUUAAGCCUCCCUUUGUCGUUAAAGCACGUGUGUGUCUCUGUGGUUGAUUAAGCAGAUGUGUGUCUCUGUGGUUGAUUAAGAAGAUGUGUGUCUCUGUGGUUGAUUAAGCAGAUGUGUGUCUCUGUGGUUGAUUAAGCAGAUGUGUGUCUCUGUGGUUGAUUAAGCAGAUGUGUGUCUCUGUGGGUGGCGUACAAAAGUGGAAGCCGAAUAAUUUAAAGCUCUGUAAGAACAUUUUUUAUGUUUAAGACAUGAAACUAUAUGAAGAGGACUUUUGUGUUCUGGUUUUAUGUUUCUGUAAGUAUUUGUAAGUCCCUGUGAUCGACAGAAGAUUGCUUUUUAUUUGACUAUUUUAUUUAUGUUCUUUUUCUGAAGAAGGGGCAGGUAAAAUAAGAGGUUCUUCUCCUCCCUGCUGCUUUCCACCAUGGGCUAUACAGAAAGAAAGUGUGUA